AUGAGCAGGAGUUUAUUUGAUUCACUAAAUACCACUGUCAAAACAUUGAAGCAACAGGUUGACAAGGAAACUGGAAGUGAUAAAGAAACCUACGUAACAACUGCAAAUGGACAAAUCUGUAGGUAUUUUUUGAGCGUUUUAAUUGUUUGCAUUUCCACCUUGGCUGAACCCCUCGUUGACCGAAUUUUCGGUGGACAAUUAGCCACCCUUGGACAAUUUCCUUCCAUAGUUUCCAUCAAAACAGGUCCUGGAAUCAUUGGCCACGUCUGUGGUGCUUCCAUUAUCACCAAACAAUGGGUUGCGACAGCAGCUCACUGUGUCAGUGACUCAACACCAGAUGACAUUUUUCUGCUAGCAGACACCCUCCUGUUAGAUUCUGGUGGUACUAACUACUCCGUGUCCUCCAUUGUUGUUCAUCCAGAGUACUAUAGAUAUACAUACACAAACGAUAUUGCAUUGAUCAAACUCCAAACCGAGUUUACUUUGAGUGCUACUACGCAAACCAUAGAAAUUUGUACCUCUCCUGGUAACGAGUCUUGUACUAUUGUAGGGUGGUGAAAAAUCAGAGCAACGUAUCCAGAUGCGUUGUGUUAUACUAACUUAACAGCACUGACAGAUGACGAUUGUACUAGAAUGGCACAAGGGGGAGCUUUUGAGAUUGAGAGAGGUCCAAGGCAACCGUGUGCUUUUGCUGCUUAAGGAAUUGGACCAUGUUAUGGAGAUUCUGGUGGACCUUUAAUUUGUGAUGGUAAACUGAUAGGGAU